AUGACGUUUAAAAUGAUAUACUUUGUAGGUUUGAUAUUGCUUGCUAAUAGUUUAUCAUGUUUUCCUAAUCGAACGCCGAAAAAAGAAUCUUCGUGCAAUUGGCCCUAUAUAACGAGAUGUUUGACUAAUUUUAAACCCAUUUUUGAUUUUAAACCGUAUUUUCCAGUUUUAGGUCUAAACUUAAAUAAGGAUAACGAUAAUAAACAAAUGAAUCGCAUGCCCUUUUCUUUUCCUGUAAUUAAGGAGAAUGAACGCUCAGAUUUUAGCAAUAACGAAAAGCAGGAUUCCCUUCACGUAAACGCUGACCAAUCAUCGAAAAAUAUAUCUGAAGAUAAAAUUUAUAAAGUAACGACUACAAAUCCUAAAAGCAAAAAUAUUAUUGAUAACGAUUUCAUUGUAUUUAACACGGAAACUAGUACUGGUAGUGAGAUAAAUACAGAAUAUACUACUUACUACGAAAACGAUAAUACAAUAACUACAACUGAAGAACAAGAUGUAACUACUGAAGAAUUAUCGUUUAGGUUAUCGGAUCUUCCACCAGCAGUGAUAGCAUCAUUUCUGGGAUAAUUAUUUCGAAAUUUAAAUAAAUUUUAUGUUUGAACUGGUUCGCUUGAACAUUUUUCAUGGCAAAUUUCAGUAUCAAGAAAUAUUUCAAAGAAUGUCACCACAUCUCGUAGAUCAUACAUAGCGUGAGUGUUUAAGAUAUUUCCUUUAUCGUCAUAGUCCUUAUACAACAAACUAGUUACUUUCUGUGUUCUUAAAGCAUUGUCACCUUUCAAGAUCAAUACAGACCUCCGCUUGGAGUUCAUCAAUUUGUAUUUUGUUCCAUUAACUA